AUGGCUGACGCACCCACAUCAAAGGUCAAAGAAACUGGAACCACACCUGUAUCACUAGAUGGAGACCUGCAGGGGAAUAAGAAGAUGGCAGCUGUGCCUCCUAUCAUACCCCAUGCAGUACAGGUGAGGUUCUGCAUCCACUACCACACCCAGUCUCCCUGGCAGGAACUGGCUGUGACUGGAAACCAGCCGGAGCUGGGGAGCUGGACGGCCUUCGUUCCAAUGGAGAGGGGCCAGGACAGGUUCUGGGCCAGCUGGGUCGCCCUCCCUGCGGAGAGACUGGUGGAGUGGAAGUUUGUGCUGGUGGAGAAUGGAGAAAUCCAUCGCUGGGAGGAGAGCGGGAACAGACACCUGGAAACAGGUCAUGGUUGGGGCAGCUUUACAGGCAUCCUCCUUUUUCCAAGGUGUAACACAGGAAGGAGUUCAACAUAGGUUAUCAUUAUAUGCAGGCUGGGUAAGGACUAUUUGACCAAGAAGGAGAGUGAUGGAGUGCUGCAUCAGAUGACCUGGCCACCACAAUCAUCCGACCUCAACCCAGUUGAGAUGAUUUGGGAUGAGUUGGACUGCAGAGUGAAGGAAAAGCAGACAACAAGUGCUCAGCAUAUGUCACUUUUUCCGUUACCUUCAAUUUAGGCUUUGUGUCUCCUCCCAAUGUUCUGCCUUCCCUGCUCCACCCCUUUGCCAACCCUAUAUUACCUCGACAGAAAGGUUGAAUUCGGAAGUUUACAUAUACCAUACAACUCAGUUUUUCACAAUUCCUGACUUUUAAUCCUAGUCAAACUUCCCUGUCUUAGGUCAGUUAGGAUCACCACUUUAUUUUAAGAAUGUGAAAUGUCAGAAUAAUAGUAGAGAGAAUGAUUUAUUUCAGCUUUUUAUUUCUUUCAUCACAUUCCCAGUGGGUCAGAAGUUUACAUACACUCAAUUAGUAUUUGGUAGCAUUGCCUUUAAAUUGUUUAACUUGGGUCAAACGUUUCGGGUAGCCUUCCACAAGCUUCCCACAAUAAGUUGGGUGAAUUUUGGCCCAUUCCUUCUGACAGAGCUGGUGUAACUGAGUCAGGUUUGUAGGCCUCCUUGCUCGCACACGCUUUUUCAAUUCUGCCCACAAAUGUUCUACAGCAGGGUUCUUCAAUUCCGGUCCUGUUUUUCAUCCUCUCCUUCUAAUCAGGGGUUGAUUCAGACCUGGGACACCAGGUGAAUGCAAUUAACUACCAGGUAGAAAUAAAAAACUGAAGUGUUUCGGCCCUCCAGGACUGGAAUUGAAGAACCCUGUUCUAUAGGAUUGAGGUCAGGGCUUUGUGAUGGCCACUCCAAUAUCUUGACUUUGUUGUCCUUAAGCAACUUUGGAAGUAUGCUUGGGGUCAUUGUCCAUUUGGAAGACCAUUUGCGACUAAGCUUUAACUUCCUGACUGAUGUUGCUUCAAUAUAUCCACAUAAUUUUCCUUCCUCAUGAUGCCAUCUAUUUUGUGAAGUGCACCAGUCCCUCCUGCAGCAAAGCACCCCCAAGACAUGAUGCUGCCACCCCCGUACUUCACGUUUGGGAUGGUGUUCUUCGGCUUGCAAGGCACCCCCUUUUUUUGGCCGAAAAGUUAUAUUUUUGUUUCAUCAGACCAGAGGACAUUUCUCCAAAAAGUAUGAUCUUUGUCCCCAUGUGCAGUUGCAAACCGUAGUCUGGCUUUUUUAUGGUGGUUUUGGAGCAGUGGCUUCUUCCUUGCUGAGCGGCCUUUCAGGUUAUGUUGAUAUAGGACUAAUUUUACUGUGGAUAUAGAUACUUUUGUACCGGUUUCCUCCAGCAUCUUCACAAGGUCCUUUGCUGUUGUUCUGGGAGUGAUUUGCACUUUUCGCACCAGAGUACAUUCAUCUCUAGGAGACAGAACACGUCUCCUUCCUGAGCGGUAUGACAGCUGCAUGGUCCCAUGGUGUUUAUACUGGCGUACUAUUGUUUGUACAGAUGAACGCGGUACCUUGAGACUUUUGGAAAUUGCUCCCAAGGAUGAACCAGACUUAUGGAGGUCUACAAUUAUUUGUCUGAGGUCUUGGGAAAAUCAAAAUAAAAUCAGCUAUGAUGUCAAGCAAAGACACACUGAGUUUAAAGGUAGGCCUUGAAAUACAGCCACACCUCCAAUUGACUCAAAUUAUGUCAAUGUGAUACAGUGAAUUGUAAGUGAAAUAAUCUGUUGGGAAAAAUUACUUGUGUCAUGCACAAAGUAGAUGUCCUAACAGACUUGCCAAAACUAUAGUUUGUUAACAAAUUUGUGGAGUGGUUGAAAAACAGGUUUUAAUGACUCCAACCUAAAUGUAUGUAAACUUCCGACGUCAACUGUACACACAGCUGAAAAGCCGCUUCAACCAAUGAGCAUCCAGGACCCAAACUACCCGGUUUAUCAUGCCCUCAUACCAAAUCCCUUGGAACAGGCUUUGGGAUGAAUCAGAGUCUGCAAAUCCUUUGGGAUGCCCACACUAAGAAUGAGAGUCUGGCCAGUACUGCAUUCCAGGAAAAUAUGUUUAUUAUUGGGUAAUUGGUCAGAACACUCCUUCACCUAAACAUUUAGUACAUUAACCACAACGUUGCAAUCGUAAGACAUUUUAUUAUAAAAAAAGAUUACAACUUAGGAGAACCAAAACACAUUAUUACAAUUGAAGGUAAGUAAACAAAACAAUUAAAGUGAGUUAACACGUCAAAACAAAACUAAUAUUUAUGAACACUGAUAAAUGUAUUAUCAAAAGGUUCCAAGAGACUGUGUGUGGAUGAUACAUACAAAUAUAAUUCAAGAAGCUAAGAUCUGAAGUACGAAUAUGACAUUUAAAUUCCAGCGUCACAGUAUUUGCAUAAUAACAAUUCACUGACCUAUAAAUCGGUUGAUGCUUGUGAGUACACCAUUCUAUUUUGGGUAAAUACAAACAGCCCAUUUCACAAAUCACAAGGCAGUCCGAGUAACUACGGUAAAACAUGUAAAAUACCUGGAUAACACUUAUUGCUGUGAUAAUUAUUGCUAUACUGCCACAGCACAAAUACUGCUGGUAUAGAAGCCCGAAGUAGUACACAGAGCUGCUCUAUUGAAAAAAAGUGAAUAAAUCAUACAAUGACAAUAUCCAAGCUCCAUACUAUAUUGACAUUCAUCGAACUCUACCCUCGCAUAACGUCAUUCACUUAACAGAUGUGCAACUGGCAUAA